CACUUAUCUUCGCAUUUUUUGAUACCCAAACGCGCCCUCACGGUAAUACUUCACCGAGACCCCAACAGAGGAAGAUCUUCACUCCGCUACGCAUUCGACAAUUGACCCAAAGUUAUCUCACCCAAGAAAGAAGGACCCCUCACCAGCACCCAACAACCCCUUCAAAAAAACCCCCACCAUCGUCACCACCAGUCAAGUCUCAUCCGCAAAUCACCAAGACCACCAAGGAACACCAUAGCUCAAAAUACACACAAUGUCCCACUGCCACGACGAGCACCACGACCACGGCGGCCACGACGAGCACGACCACUCGGACGACAUCACGCCCGCGCUGCAGCACUCGCUGUACGGCCACAUCAACUUUGACGAGGUGACGGCCCUCAACGAAGCGCAGAUUGGCAGCGCGCGGGCCGUCGUCAAGAAGACGUGGGCCGAGAGGCUCGACGCCGAGCCCGAGGUCGUGAGCGAUGCCGAUGAGCAGUUGUUGGUGAAUGUUCCCUUCACCGGCCAAGUCAAACUCCACGCCAUCCUCCUCCGCACCUCAGACUCCCCUUCGGCGCCCCGCACCCUCAAAGUCUUCAUCAACCGCGACGACCUCGACUUCUCCUCGGCGGAAGAAGCGUCGCCCACGCAGGAAUUCGAGCUCUCCCGCACGGGACAGGUCCAAGAGAUCCCCGUCAAGCGAAGCCUGUUUGGCCGCGUCCAGCGCCUGACGCUCUUCUUCGAGGACAAUUUCGGUGACGGUGACGAGGACGAGACGAGGUUGUCCUACCUGGGGUUCAAGGGCGAGUGGAUGCAGCUCGGACGAGCGCCGGCGAAUAUCCUGUACGAGGCGGCGGCGAACCCGAGUGAUCAUAAAGUCAAGGGGACGGGGAUUAACGAUGUCGGGAGCGGGAUCGGGGGACGACAGUAGGAAAGUAACGAGUGACGACGGA